AUGUCGUCCAUUAAUCGAGGAAUUUAUUUUUCUUUUUUCCUUUUAUCCGUUUCUCGUUUAUUUUUAUUUAUUUAUUUUUUACCUAUUUCUACGUAUUAUUUUCAAACGUCUUUCUCCUCUCAUUCUUUCUCAUCUAUCUAUCUAUCUAUCUAUCUAUCUAUCUAUCUAUCUAUCUAUCUUUCUAUCUAUCUAUCUCAUACUGUUCAUCUCUCAUUCUGUUCAUAUCUAUCUAUCUCAUACUGUUCAUCUAUCUAUCUAUCUAUCUAUCUAUCUAUCUAUCUAUCUAUCUAUCUCACAUCUAUCCCAUUCUGUUCAUAUCUAUCUAUCUCACAUCUAUCUCAUUCUGUUCAUAUCUAUCUAUCUAUCUAUCAAUCUCACAUCUAUCUAUCUCAUUCUGUUCAUAUCUAUCUCUCUCACAUCUAUCAAUAUCAUUCUGUUCAUAUCUAUCUAUCUCACAUCUAUCUAUCUCAUUCUGUUCAUAUCUAUCUAUCUAUCUCCCAUCUAUCUAUCUCAUUCUGUUCAUAUCUAUCUAUCUAUCUCACAUCUAUCUAUCUCAUUCUGUUCAUAUCUAUCUAUCUAUCUAUCUCCCAUCUAUCUAUCUCCCAUCUAUCUAUCUCAUUCUGUUCAUAUCUAUCUAUCUAUCUAUCUCCCAUCUAUCUAUCUCAUUCUGUUCAUAUCUAUCUAUCUAUCUAUCUAUCUAUCUAUCUAUCUAUCUAUCUAUCUAUCUAUCUCACAUCUAUCUCAUUCUGUUCAUAUCUAUCUAUCUAUCUCACAUCUAACUCAUUCUGUUCAUAUCUAUCUAUCUAUCUAUCUAUCUAUCUCACAUCUAUCUAUCUCAUUCUGUUCAUAUCUAUCUCUAUAUCUAUCUCACAUCUAUCUAUCUCAUUCUGUUCAUAUCUAUCUAUCUAUCUAUCUAUCUAUCUAUCUAUCUAUCUAUCUAUCUAUCUAUCUAUCUAA